UAAAAAGUGAACAAUCCUAAGGUGGAAUCAUGUUUUUCCCUAUCGGAUGGCCGCGGGUUCUGAACACGACAGAACCAGAAAAGAUAACCGCGGUUGUUUGCAACAGGGAUAAGAUACUUUUUGCUGUCUUAACGACGGAUACUCUUACCAUCUGGUAUUGCAAGCCAUGCGUGCCCAUUGUAUUUAUCAGACGAACUACAGAUUCUUUAAAAAAACACGGUGAUAAUAUUUUGAUACAAUGGAGGCCAGACUCCAGUAUGAUAGUUAUUGCGACAUCGGACAGUUAUCUUUUAUUUUAUCGCUUACAAGAUACCAGCCCGGAAGGUAGAAGUCUCUAUGAACAGAGAGAUUCUCCAGUUUCCAGCUUGAAAAGGGAUAGCGCUGAACUUUUUAUCAAAGAAAUUAUCCCUUCCUUAGUUUUAACAUUUGAAAAAUCAGCUUGGAUAGAUGGUGGAAUUAGUUCUUUAGUUUGUAUACGUGAUGAGCUUAUGGUAGCUACAAAAACCAGUCAUGUAAUACGUCAUAAGUGGGAUGGUACAGUAAAUAGAGAUUAUUCUCUUGAUCUAAGAAGAAUACCAUUUAGCGUAGAUCAACAGAUAUCUACUGUAGCUAUACCACUUACUGAGAACAAUGUGUUUGUUACCGAUAUUGAAUAUUCUCCUUUAGUUGGUGGAUUUGCAAUUGUACUCAACACUGGCAAAGCAGCAUUUCUCACAGCACAAUCUUUAAAAUUUGAUCCUAAUCAAGUACAAGGAAUUUGGGCUAGGGAUGUUGAUGAUGCUACUUGCGCAGCUGUAAAUCAUAAAUAUCGUCUUAUUGCAAUUGGAAGACAAAAUUCCGAAGGUGUAGUGUACUAUGUUGAUGAAACCACAGGAAGUUUAGAAAUGUCGCAUACAUUAAGUUUAUCCUCGAAAGAUUAUCCAGGAAGACCAGGUCGUGUGAGAUGUUUAAGGUGGACUCCUGAUAGUUGUGCUAUCGCACUAGCAUGGGAAGGUGGUGGCAUAGCAAUAUGGAGUACAUUUGGAGCUCUUUUACUUUGUAGUUUAAAGUGGGAUUAUGGUUUGAGAGUAGAUUUGACGCACGAUAAUCCUUUACAUAUCCACACAAUGGAAUGGUCCGCGGAAGGUUAUCAGCUUUGGAUGUUAAGAGAAUCUCCAACUCCUUCUUUGAUUGAAGAAAAUGGAAAUGAAGAAACUAAUUUAAAAUCUUUGAUACAAUUAGAUUUUGUAAAAAGUCCUCUAACUAUUAAUCCUUGUAUGGGUCAUCAUGGACAUUUAUAUUUACAAGGUGAAGAUAGAUUGUAUUUAAAUUUGGGUGGUGGAGUUUCUACAAGUGCUUCAACUUUUCACAUUGGUAGUGAAAUUCCUAAUGAUUCCAUAACACAGACACUUGCGGGUUGUAAGCAAUGGCUAGUUGUUCCUAUUCCUACCGCAUACAGUGGUGCCAAUUGGCCGAUAAGAUAUACUGCUAUUGAUAACGAAGGUAUGAGUAUAGCUGUAGCUGGACGCACAGGGUUAGCACAUUAUUCUUUACCUUCACGCAAAUGGAAACUUUUCGGUAAUGAAACUCAAGAGAGGGACUUUAUUGUAACUGGAGGACUAUUAUGGCAUCGAGGUUUUUUGAUAGCCAGUAGUUAUUCACUAUUAGAUGAUAAAGACGAAGUUAGAAUAUAUCCACGUGAUACACGUUUGGAUAAUAAUUAUGUUAGAACUGUUAGAAUGCCGUCACAGGUAUUACUGCUCAAUACAUUAAAAGACAGGCUCUUAACAUUUUGUGCCAAUGCACAAAUUAGCAUUUAUGAUAUGGUAAUAGAAAGCAAUAAUGAUGCAGGAAGUAUAGAAUUAACUAGAUUGCAAACUGUAGAUAUCAGUGGACUUUGUGUUCAUCCUGCUUGUGUUGUAAGUGCCACUUUAACCACUAUACGUGCAGAAACUGCUGGAAGUCACCCACAUCCUGAAAGUCUUCUGUUGAACGUAUCUGGGCGUCUUCUUAUGGUUCAACGAGAACAUUGUACUGAUACUCCAGAUGUUCUGUUUACGUGUAGUGCUCCAACAGUAUUAGCUUCAUAUGUAGAAAAUGUAUGGGUACCGGGGAGAUCAAGAAGAGAUAAACCUCACUUAACAGAAGCUCUGUGGUUAUUUUGCGGUGCUCAUGGCAUGCGUGUUUGGCUUCCAUUAUUCCCAAGAAAUCAUCAAGAAAAAACGCAUACUUUCAUGAGCAAGAGAAUAAUGUUACCUUUCCAUUUACGUAUUUAUCCUUUGGCUAUAUUAUUCGAGGAUGCUAUUUUAUUGGGAGCAGAAAACGAUACAGUACUCUUUACUUCGGAUACCAAUUCUCCAUUUUCGUUACCAUUCAGUUUAUUAGAACUUACAAGUCAAGUUUAUCUUCAUCAAAUAUUACGACAACUUAUUCACCGCAAUUUAGGAUAUCAUGCUUGGGAAAUUGCUCGUUCGUGCUCUGCACUGCCAUACUUUCCACAUUCAUUAGAGCUUUUACUUCACGAGGUACUAGAAGAAGAAGCAACUAGUAAAGAACCAAUCCCAGAUGCUCAGCUGCCUUCUGUGGUGGAAUUCAUCCGUGAAUUUCCAGGAGUAUGGGCUAGAGCAGUUGUACAAUGCGCUAGAAAGACUGAAAUAGCACUAUGGCCUUAUUUAUUCUCUGUUGCUGGGCCACCUAAGAAGCUGUUACAAGAUUGUUUACAACGUCAACAACUUGAUACCGCUGCUAGUUAUCUAAUAAUUUUACAAAACCUAGAACCUUCAACCGUUAGCCGACAACAUGCUACUUUAUUAUUGGAUGCUGCUUUGGAACAAGGAAGAUGGGAACUUUCAAAAGAUCUUGUUCGCUUCCUUAGGGCGAUUGAUCCAAAUGAUGUGGAAUCACCAAGAACAUCUUGGGGCGGAACAUCAAAAUUAGGCGGACCUCCUCAAACUCCACCGCUUUCACCUCAUGAAGAUGACUUAUCUUUAGUGUUAGGAACCAUGCAAGUUUCACGAAGUCGAAGUUAUAGUACUACAGUAACGCCUAAAGUACAAUCUGAUUCAGUAGCCAAAGAUAUAGCACCUUCUUCAAUGCUUGAGAAAACUAGAAACGUCGUUAUGAGACGAAAAAAGUCUGUACCUACAAGCGUUUCUAAAACUGAAAAAGUUGAUAGCAAAGAAGGUUCAGCCGAGGAAUUUUUUAUUGACGUGAUAUUACAACGUCAUGCUCGUCGAUUACUUUCAGCAAAGCGGCUUGCAGAUUUAGGCAGAUUUGCUGCACGAUUAGAUUUCCAUUUAGUUACAUGGUUUGCUAGAGAGCGUGAUAGAGCAGCAAAAAUAGACGAUUAUGUUGCAACGUUAAAAGCAGUGCACGAAGAUUUUUCGUUCGCUUAUCCCGUGCUGUCUCUUCCAACUUUACAAAAAUUUCGAAGAUCUAGCCUUACGUCUCUACGUUCUAUAAGAUCAGUCAGUCUAGAAAGUCCAGAGGAUGAACCGUUGAAUUCCAGUUUUAUUGUUGAUUUGCCUGAUAGUGGUUAUACUAGUUUACCAAGUGGAAGACCACCUUAUACUACAUUAAUAUCACCCGUUGCAAGUUUAGAAACACAAUUUCCUGCUGCUGAAACAAAAUUAACAGCAAACAUGUUACAUGAUGCUAACAGCGUUCUUAGUGAUAGUAGUACUAUUUGGAGAGAUGAUACCGAAUCAAUCGUUGGAACUGGAGUUGGAACAGUGUGUUGGGUUUCCUCAGAUCCUGUAGAACAGACAGAAAUUCAUAACGCGUCACUUUGUGCGCCGAUAAGUCGUGCAGAAGUGCAGCUUAGAUAUCUCCUACAAUUAUUUUUGGAAGGUGGUUGCUUAGGCUGGGCUGCAGUAUUAGCAACUGUUUUACGCGACGCACCUGCUAUGGCUAGAACUAUCAGAGCAGCACAUGCUCCUAUGCAAACUUUUGAGUCUGUAAUUAAUUUGAGAGACGGUCUUCUUACGUUAACUAAAUGGUCUCAUUCAGAAUGUUUAGGAUAUAGACCUUUCGUGUCAGGUAUUCAAGGCCAAAUUUCUUUGCUAAACAGACUAAUUGUAACAAAACAGCAACAAGAACAAGAGCAGAUACCGGAGAGUCCUUCUCCCAGUCCUGCUCCAUCUGCAAGUAGUAAUCAACGAGGAACUUUGUCACGAUCUCGCCAUUCCUCCAUAAGUCAUACUUCAACAACUGCUCCGUUAGAUGAAGAACGAUCACAUGAAUUAUCGUUAAAAGUUGAAGAUGUAAAUUUCCGAGGUAGUUACAGUAAUCUUAAUAACAUGGAAAAUACUAAUUCGCAAUCUACAUGUGUAGUUUCCUAAAGCAAUGGUGUCUACUUAAGACUCAGAUGUACUGUGUUAUAUAUUCUAUGUAUAUUGGUAAGUAGAUACAAAGUUUCGUCAACACUUUUCAGCUUUCUAUGGAAUGUGGUUAAAGAUGAUAAUCUGAAGUAAGAAUUUGUUAAGUCAUUUUUUGGUACUAAAAGAUUUUUCCUAAAAUAAUGUAAAGUAAAUAUAACGGCAUUAAACCCCAAAAUUUAAGUAAGUAAAUUAUACAGGCAUUAUAUAAAGAAAAAGAUUCUAACAACUUUUGGUCGUAAUUGAUUGAUUAUUGUACGAUAAUUAUGUAUACAAUAUCUUUAAAAAUUUUAAUACGUAAGAGAAGAUGUUACAGAAUUAAUAUUUCUCAUUUUGUAAGCAUUUCUAUGUCUGUAAAUAUGUUACUAACAUAUAGAAAAAAGUACUGUUGAAAUAUUUUUAGGAUCAUUCUAAUAACAUUUAAUAAGAAACAAUAGAAUUCAGAGAUAUUGCAAAAUACGACUGAUACUAUUUCUUCCUUUCUUCGUAGACAGUAUACAGAAAUAAUAAAUAUUUAUAUGAGUGUAAUUGAUGUUAGUAGAUUGUAGAUUUAGAUGAGAGAAAUGAAAAUAGUGGACUAAUAUUUUAUAUAUUGCAACAUAACACUGACUGAAUUGUGACUGUAUUGUGAAAAAACAAUUUCCAUCUAUCCCGAGUUAUAAAAUCUGAAAUAAUAUAAUUCUGUUUGAGUGAUAGCUGAUGAAACGAUAUAACCGUCCUAUGAUCCAAAUUUCUUUCAUAUAACUAAAAAAAUUGAAUUUUGCAUAAUGAAAUUAACAAUAACUAUAUGAAUCUGAUGUCAAUAACUGCAUGAUUGAUAUUAUUAUAGAUAUUGAUUUCCUAUUAGGCAAUAUGCUAAAUAGUAGAAAAUAAAAUGGUCAUUAUUUAGAGUUAAAAUCAUAUAAUACAAAUUUUUUAACUUAUAAUAUAAUUAACAAUCGAUAUUUUUAUUAAAAAAAGUUAUAAGUUUUAAGUACGAUUUUGUUGUAAUAUGUAAAAAUUACUAAUGUGCUUAAAGGGAACACUAAUACUCAUAACAUGGAUUUUAAAAGAAAGAAAUAAAUGCAUCUAUGUUGUAAAAAAUUUUUGAAAUUAUAGUUUGUAAUAUUUUAUUUGGAAUUAAUUAAAAGUAUAAAUUAACAAAAUAGGAAUAUGUAAUUUUUAUGACUCUGGAAAAUAAUUAAUUCUACGUAUUUCUAGCUUUCAAUAUUGAAAUGAGUAAUUCAUCAUAGUCAAAAACAAUAAUCAAAAUUAUUUAUAAGUAUUUAUAACAAAAUAUAAGUUUACUAAACAUGGUCAACUAAUAAAAAAGGUAUACAUCUAAAUUUGAAUAAUUCGUUGUUUCACAGUUUCUACAUAUAGUAGAAGUAUUGUUCUUUCUGUAUAUAGAAUCAAAUGUAUUUAGUCAAUAUUAAGUAAAAUAUAUAACUCUUCUUCAAUUAGAUGCUACUUAAUCAUAAAACAAUUUCUAUGAAUUUAGCAAUGAACAUUCGCUUUUAUCUUGUAUUAAAGAAUUAUCUUUAAUCAUUUGUAGAAAGAAAAACUGUGAAACAUUAAAAGUAAGUUAUUUAUAUGCAUAUACAUAUUGUAACAUAGAUAUUCAGAAAUAUAUAUU